AUGCCCUCUACGCAAACCACCACCCCACCCCCCAAUCUCCGAGUCGGCAUCAUCGGCGCCGGCCCCGCCGGCCUCGGCGCAGCCAUCGAAUUCGCCAAAUUACCCUUCGUAGAUGUCCGCGUGUACGAACAAGCGCGAGAGCUACGCGAAGUCGGCGCGGGCAUCAGCAUCCAGCAUAAUACGUGGCGCAUGUUGGAUGUGUUCGGGGUGUAUGAGAACAUCGACCAGAGGGAUCUGUUUCGGCCGGCGGAUGGACAUGCGGUGCAGCAUCGGAAUGGGCGGACGGGGGAGUUGGUGCUUUCGAAGGGGCAGGAGGGAACGCCGGAGCGAUACCUCAGCGCGAGGGCAUUGCGCUCUGUGCUUCAGAAAGCGCUUCUCAAGGGCGUGGAUAAGUCCAAAUUGAGAUUAUCCAGUCGACUCGUCGAAAUAACCGACUUACCCUCUGGGGCUUUCUUUCUGAGGUUCGAAGACGGACUCACCGACGAAGUCGACCUCCUAGUUGGAGCGGACGGCGUCCGCUCAGUCGUCCGCCAAUUCAUCUACCCCGACCACCAACUCAAAUACAUCGGCACAACAGCCUACCGCGCGCUCGCAGACGCAGACGACAUCCUCAGUAUCCCCGGGUUCCCCGACUCCGUGACCUUCUGGCACGGCCCCAAUGAUCGGUUCUAUACCUGCAAUUUGAACAACAACGUGUAUGAGAUUGCAGCGCGUGUGCCCCAGACGCCGGAUACCGCGCCUGUCAGCUGGGGGCAGGAUGCGAGUGUGGAGGAGUUUAGGUGGCGGUAUAAGGAUUUCUCGCCUAUGCUGCAAAGCGUACUCGGCAAGAUCAAGGAAGUGAAGAAGUUCGCACUGUUUGCGGGACCGCGGCUGUCGAGGGUUGUUUCGCAUGGUUCUAUUGCGUUGAUUGGGGAUGCGUCGCAUCCUUUAUCUGGGGCAUUCGGCGCCGGCGCCGGCUUCGCCCUCGAAGACGUAUAUGUCCUCACCCGCGCGGUCAAAUGGGCUCACGAUCGCGGAUUACCCAUCGGGGAGGGAUUGGAGCUCUUCGAUAGAGUCCGCGCUCCGCAUUAUGCGGAUAUGUAUACCAUCCUAGACGGAUACGGCAAAUCAGACGUGGCCGUGAAAGAGACCGCGAGUUUCGACGAGGCGGUCUCUCUGAUUGUCGCGGACAAGUGGAAUGAUGAUCACCAGUGGCUGUAUCAUUACAAUGUGGAAGAGGUAUGGAGAAAGGCUUACGAGGCGGAGGAUGCCCGACGGGCGAAGGGCGAUGGAUCCGUUGCACACGGGGACGUGGCGAGUUCGCGGUUGUAG